AUGAGACUCGUCACCUUUGUGCAGCUUGUCUCAUGGGUUAAACUGAGCAUAUACGUCAACAAGAACUGCUUCGAUGGCCCUGCUCCGGACGAAGAUGACGGUCGCAACGGCUGGAAUGACUACAUGGCGGUCGACGCUAUGAACUACCUGAAAGCCAUUCGUGUAUAUUUGAAAAUGUGCCCACAACUGCAAUCACUAACUCUCGAAAUGGGAGAUUGGGGAGAAAAUGAGACGCACGGAUACCUCGAUUACUCGGCUUUGCACCUCCCCCUACCACGGUCUCAAUAUUCGUUGCGUCACCUCAGCCUGACAUUGGAAACGAUGAUUCAGGAUAAGACGCAAGUGGAGGCUCCAUCAUGGAAGAACGGCUCAGCGAUGGCCCACUCUGCAGCGGUACCGACUAAGAAGUUGAAGAAGCUUUAA